UACCAAGAGGUCUUCAGAUCAAUUUGUAGUUUUCAGUGAGAAGAUGAAUAGAUUAGUUCAACUCGCCGUGUUCUUAACACUUCUUUACCAUGUCGAAAGUUGGAAAACGGUUCGAUAUUGGACAGAGAAGCUUUCAAUGACGCAGCCGUUUGGCGAUACAUCAGGGUGGCUAAGUGAUAUUUACAAAAGUGAUGAAACGUACGAUAAUCUACCGGAAAGAUAUGGAAUGAACGCAACAAGACAUUUUGCAGAACAUAUCUACUUUCUUCUGGAGAGUGAUAUAGUUACACCUUUUUACCGCCUAAAAUCUGAUGAAUUGCGCCAUCACUACUACGGAGCAACUUGCAGAAUCUACACCAUCGAGAAGCAAACGGGACGAUUGACCCACCAAGACAUAGGUCCCGCUGCUAAGUCCUUUGUAGUGCCUUUGAAGAGAGGUGACUGGCAUGCUAUAACUGUAAAGAAGCCUGCUCCAGGAAGAUAUUGUUUGCUUGGAAUAACUGUAAUACCCGGAUGGAACUUGGAAGAUUUUUAUAAACCCACAACCGACGACCUAGUGGAAUUAUAUCCAAAGCUCGAGUCAAAAAUCAGGGCCAUCAAUUCUAGAUACAAGGGUGGCGGCUCCAACGGAAAUGCGGAGUUCGAUAAAGAUUUCAAAUACGAUCCAUAA